AUGGAACUGGUUAGAUUAGAGACAUUUAAUAGAAAAGGGUACAGGAUACUUUCAAAGCACAAGCCAUUAGGAUUUUUAGGUAUGAUCUCAAUGGGGAAGAGCAUAUUUUUGUGCAUAAUUACAGGACGGAUUGAAGUUGCUUCACCAACUACUGGUCAGCGAAUUAAUCGCAUAUACGAUGUUGAAUUUCAUUGUUUGACAUCUGGAACGUGGGAUUUUAUAGAACUAAAUAGUAACGGAUAUCCAAUUACGGGUGAGGAUGACAACAUUCCAGGUGCGUAUUCUACUCAUCUUGAACAAAACCCCUGCUAUGAAUUGCGCAAGAUCUUGACAGAUGGUUCUUUCUACUACAGCACAGAUUUUGAUUUAACAAGCACAUUACAGGGAAGAGGUGUAGAAACUUCUCAGAGAUUGUCACUUGAUAGAUUUCAUAUGGACUACAUGUGGAAUGCGUUCAUGAUGAAGGAAAUUAUUCAUUUUCGGAACAAUCUAGACGAUGAACCCAAGCAGGCAUUAGAUGAGAAUCGGUUUCUGACAACAGUAAUUCGAGGUUUUGCCCAAAGUGUGCGUGCUGUCAUUGGUGCAAAAACUGCGCUUUUGACUGUCAUUUCAAAACAAUCAUGGAAAAGAACAGGCACACGGUUCAACGUAAGAGGUGUUGAUGACAAUGGAAAUGUUGCCAACUUUGUGGAGACAGAAACAAUAUUAAAUGAUGGUGUACAUAUUUUUGCUUAUACACAAAUAAGAGGUUCUAUUCCUUUGUUUUGGGAGCAAGAUACAGCACUAGUUUCUCCAAAAGUUCAAAUAACAAGAAGCUUUGAUGCCUCUCAACCUAUUUUUGAAAAACAUUUUGCCAAUCUUAAUGGAAAAUACGGCCCCAUACAUAUUGUUAAUCUUCUUUCUAAAACAAAAUCUUCGGAGGUUGAGCUAAGCAGAGCAUAUAGAGAACACUAUAAAGCUUUGAAAGAAAAAAAGCCAGAUUCGGUGUACUUCACAGAUUUUGAUUUUCACCAGGAAACAUCAAAGACUUACGCUGAUGCAGACAGAGUGCUGAAGUCAUUACAGAGUUCGCUUGAGAAUUUUGGAUAUUUUUGUUAUGACAUUAAUAAUAAGGAGACGAUAAUGGAACAGCAGGGGGUUUUUAGAACGAAUUGCCUUGAUUGCUUGGAUAGAACGAACGUUGUUCAACAAGUUAUCUCACGAGCUGCUGUUGCGUUUUAUCUUUCUGAUUUCAAUAAAGGAAGGACCCAAAGAACCAGUAUGAAGGAGUAUUCGUCGCCUUAUGCUUCAAAUAAUUCUAGGAUUUCGGUGGAGUCAUCUCCAAUCUUUUCAAAGCAUUCAGUCAUAUGGGCUGAUCAUGGCGAUCAAAUUUCUCAGAUUUAUACUGGUACCAAUGCUUUGAAAUCAAGCUUUAGCAGGAAGGGUAAGAUGGGGUUAGCUGGUGCUCUAUCAGACGCGACAAAAUCACUCAGCAGAAUAUACAUCAACAAUUUCGUGGAUAAGGGCAAACAGGUUGUUAUUGAUACACUUUUAGGUAAAAACACAGAUCAAAUGCCGGUGUUAAUUUUUGAUCCUGUCACCGAGUGGCUUUCAGAGAAAAUGUUGAAGGUUGAAUCACAAUACACCAUAUACCAAGACAUAUCUAUAUUUGUUGGAACAUUCAACUUAUCCGGAACAACUUCUAAUAAAGAUCUAUCGCAUUGGCUUUUCCCUCAAGAAACGACCGUUGUGAAACCAGAUAUAUAUGUUAUCGGAUUCCAAGAGGUUAUAGAGCUAAAUGCCUCUAGUAUGUUGAAGAAUGAUGGUUCAGCAGGUCAGUAUUGGAAAAGAAGAACAACGGAAACCCUUAAUGAUAAAAAUGGCACCAACUACGUGCUAUUAAGGUCUGAAUACAUGUCUUCUGUGCUUCUUCUCUUUUAUGUUAGAGAUGAUAAACUGAAGUUUGUGACACAGGUUGAGGGAAAAUCCAAGAAAACUGGUUUGGGGGGAAUGACGGCAAACAAGGGUUCUGUCGCUAUAACGUUUAAAUAUGGUUCUACAUCAUUUUGCAUUUUUAACUCACAUCUUGCUUCUGGCUCUACAAAUACCGAGGAAAGGUUCAAUGACUUUUUGACAUCAUGGAAUGGUAUACGUUUUUCCAGGAACAGACUCAUCAGACAUCAUGACAAUGUUAUAUGGCUCGGAGACUUAAAUUACCGGGUGUCGUUAUCUAACGAGGAAGCACGUCUGAUAAUAGAUCGUGGCCAAAUGAGUAAACUCUUGCAAUAUGAUCAAUUAAGUUAUGAAUUAAAGAGACAUCCAGAAUUACAAGACUUUACAGAGCUACCGAUACAAUUUCCUCCGACCUAUAAGUUUGACCGCAAUUCUGAUAGAUACGAUUCUUCAGAGAAACAACGUGUUCCUUCAUGGACAGAUAGAAUUCUGUACCAAGGAAAACAAAUUUCACAACUAUGUUAUCAUUACAUUUCUGAUAUAAAAUUUUCCGAUCAUAGACCUGUGUACGGUACAUUUUCUGCCAAGGUGAAAAUUGUCAAUUCGACUAGAAAACAUACAUUAACGAAGCACUUUUUACAGGAAUAUAAGUCUACCGCCGAGAACUCAUCCGCCAACAUAAUAGAACUUAAUGUGGAUACAGAUGGUAAUUCGUUGGAUUCUGACGCUCUUUCAUCAUCAUCGUCAUCCAUUCCUACUCUUAUCGAUCUGCAAAUGCCUUCAGAAGAGCCGAAAAAUUCUUCGAAACCCGUUGUGACGUCAGCUAAUGGCUCUUUAAGAACACGAAGGAAAGUUCCACCACCAUUUGCAUCGGGAUCAAGAGAACCUGAUGUUCUCAAUCGGGAUGGAACAAGAAUUAUGCCGGACAAUAUUGGUAUACCAUCAAACCAAAUAUUAGGAAGAACAGACUCUCAGCAGCCUACAUCUUCUCAAUCAUCAAGUCUGGCCAUCGGUGCAUUUGCAGUGAUGAAACCAACGAGAUCUAGAAGUGGAAGUCCAGCCGCUCCUUCUCUUCCUCCACGCUCUAGUACUGCCUCUUCUUUCGAUUCAUCCAAAAGAUUAGUAACAAAACCAGUUCCUCCAGCUCCUAGAAAAAUAUCCGUGUCUUCACAGCAAUACAUUAUAAGGGAUACAAUAAAACCUUUGCGCUCUAUGAGUGACCAGGUUCCUCAAAUGACUUUGACAAACUCCUCGACACUAAAAUCCACAAAAGAAAACCAUAAAGUUCCUCCGAUUGUUCCUUCAAAGCCGAAACGACUUGAUAUAAUGUUUUCGGAUAGCGAAACGAAAAUGACACCAUCAGAUGCAUCUGCAUCUAUCAAAUCAGAAGGUGGAGCUGGAUCUAAUCCGUGGGCCCCUAUGACACCUACUAGAAAGAGAUAA